AGAGCCGCGGCGGGGCUGGGCAGCCCGGGCCGCCGAGCCGCGUGUGCGCGCAGACCGCGAGCCCCCGGCGCGCCCCCGGCGGCCGGGGCCGCAGCGUGCUCGCCCCCGCCGCCAGCUCGCCUCACUUAUGGGUCGGAAGCGCUGCGUGGGGGAGACUGUUCCAAGAUGGCGGCGGGUUGCUGUGGGGUGAAGAAGCAGAAACUGUCCAGUUCGCCCCCCUCCGGCUCGGGUGGCGGUGGUGGCGCCUCCUCCUCCUCCCACUGCAGCGGGGAGAGCCAGUGCCGAGCCGGGGAGCUGGGACUAGGAGGCGCCGGGACGCGGCUCAACGGACUGGGCGGGCUGAGCGGCGGCGGCGGCGGCGGCUGUCCCCUCUCUCCCCCUCAGGGCUGCGGCGGCGGCGGCGGCAGCGGCGGCGGGGGCAUCUCGCUGUCUCCACCUCUGAGCUGCGGAGUGGGAACCCUACUUUCUACUCCGGCCGCCGCCACCGCCUCCUCGCCGUCCUCCUCGUCUUCAUCCCCCGGCUCUCGGAAGAUGGUGGUGUCAGCGGAGAUGUGCUGCUUUUGCUUCGAUGUGCUCUACUGUCACCUGUAUGGAUACCAGCAGCCCCGGACCCCCCGCUUCACCAACGAGCCCUACCCACUGUUUGUAACAUGGAAGAUUGGUCGAGACAAAAGACUGCGUGGAUGCAUAGGUACCUUUUCUGCCAUGAAUUUGCAUUCAGGACUCAGGGAGUACACACUUACCAGUGCCCUUAAAGACAGCCGUUUUCCGCCAAUGACAAGGGAUGAGCUGCCAAGGCUUUUCUGCUCGGUGUCUCUGCUCACUAACUUUGAAGAUGUUUGCGACUAUUUGGACUGGGAGGUGGGUGUGCAUGGCAUUAGAAUAGAAUUCAUCAAUGAAAAAGGAUCAAAACGCACCGCCACCUACCUACCGGAGGUUGCAAAGGAGCAAGGAUGGGACCAUAUUCAGACCAUAGACUCGUUAUUGAGAAAAGGAGGAUACAAAGCUCCAAUUACUAAUGAAUUCAGAAAAACCAUCAAGCUGACCAGGUACCGUAGUGAAAAGAUGACCUUGAGUUAUGCUGAAUACCUUGCUCAUCGCCAGCACCAUCAUUUCCAAAAUGGCAUCGGGCAUCCCCUUCCGCCAUACAACCAUUAUUCCUGACACUGAGCCGCACAACCAGUCAAUGGGCCUCUCUGCAGACCUCUUCCCAGGAGACCCUACACCUUCUUGGUCUAGCUAUCUCUUUUACUGUACCAUUUUAUGAUGAUAGUUUCCGUUGCCAUGGUGAAGCUUCGACACUGCUAGUUAAGACCAUCAUGGUAACGGGUAGGACAAUGGCAUUUGUUAAGAAGAUCCUGUUUUAUUAUUUUAGAUCACUGAUUUUUUUUUCAGCACAUACAGCUUUUGAGGUUUUCUUUCCUUACAAUAUUAGGUAUAUUUUUUGCUUUGCUAUCUCAGACAGGUUUCUGUCUUUCUUUGUUCCUUUUUUUCUUCCUCCUUCCUUCUUUUGACUGUGGAUGGAAGAAAGUAUGCCGUUUCUGAGGAUUUAUUAGGUUUGUCUUUAGUAUUCUUCGGUAAGAUUGUCAUUUUUUGAUAGCUGAGUUGGGGAUUAAUUCAUAACAAAUUCAGGUAUUUGUAUAUUACUCUUGAAUUUGCCUAAAAUUCUAUUUGCUAUGACAGCUUAGUAUUUGGAUCAAGUACACAUUUUUUCCCAUGGUUGAAAUAAGUGAGCUUUAGAUUAAGUAAUGAACAUUCAGAGGUCCAUGAUAGGACUUGUCACAGAGAGCAAGAAACUGUUUACGCCUUCUGUGCUUGUUAUUGUAGAAGAGACUGCCUCAUGUUAUAGAACCAAUUUACAACCUAAAAUACUGUUUUAGAAAAGCAUAAGCUACCUUUCAAAUGGGCUUCGAAAUCAUUCUGAAAGGCAGCGUAUAUUGGGAAGAGAUCAGAUGCAGAAUUUAGUGCCUUUGAGAAGACUAUAAUUAAGUCAAAUUAAGAGGGGUUUAAAAAGGCAAUUUAGAGAAUAUUCUUAUAAAAUUUUAUUGUUUCUAUAUAAGAAACAACAGAUUACACAAAUUCCUUACUCCAAAGUAUUUUUUUAGCUGAAAAAAUUAUUUUGAGCAAAUAACCAAAAAGACAUUUGUCUAUUUUGUAUUAAUUUAAAUUUGUUAGCUUUAGGUUUCAAUGUCAUAAUUGGCCAGAGACAACUUUAGCUACUAAGACAUGAUAAAGAUAAUCUAGUGAAACAAAAGUUCAUACAUACUAUGAUUUCAAAUUUGUCUAUCACAGAGACAAUGCUGAGUUUCAGAGAUACUACAAAGAGUUUGAAUCUCUUUCUGCACUACAGCCUUUUGAUAGAAACACAUUUCUGUGUUGAUAGAUAAUAUGGUAGACCUGUAAAGAUGGCAUUCAGAUAUAUGAAUUAGAGCCUAGCUCAUUUGUAGGGCUCUUCUUCCCAUGGCACAAAGAGAACUUACUGAUGUCAAUGGGAAACCCUUUUGUUUAUCCCCAGGAAAACCCAUGAUGAUUCUGGUAAAAGAUGACCUUUGUUUUAUGGUAGUAUAUAUAGGUAUAUAUAGAUAUAUAUAUUUGGGAAAUAUAUAAUUUUUUCAAACAGGAAGUCAUUAGAACAAGUGGUGAGUGAAAUGCUGCAGAAUGUAUAUUCUACAACUAUGACAUGCCGCUAAUUAUUGAAAUAGUCAAGCUUAUACAUUUAAUUGCUGUGACAAGUGACAGACUGGUAGUUCAGAAAAUCCUUGUCUAGUUUGUAAUUGGCUGAAUUCAUUCUCCUUGCCAUAAGGGCAAAGUACACAGCUUCCGUUUUUGAUGAGAGUUCUUUGAAGUUUGGUAUUUCUUCAUCCACAGAAUCCAUUGUUGAUGUAUCCAUUUUCAGUUUUGAUGCCUUAACUAAGAAGCUACUUGCUAGCCUGAAAGACAGUCUCAGUAGCCAGUUCCAUUGAAUACAGAGAAAACAUAAGCUGCUGAGCUUUAGAAUGGGCUUCUAAGUCCUGUUGUUUCUACUUGGACACACUUUGCGGGUGGAUUAGUCUUUCAGUAUAAAAGCAAGCAGCUACCUGACAUUUUCUUGCCUUUAUAGGGAAAGUGAGCACAAGCUGAAUGAUAUUGUCUGCUACAAAAAAAAGAGAGAAAGAGAGAGAGAGAGAGACAGAAAGACAGAGACAGAGAGAGAAGAAAAGAAUGGGGAGAAAGAAAAGGAAAAGAAAAAGGGGAAAAAGAAAAGUAAAUAUAACAUAGAAACUGAAGAGACAGACUAGACCAAUAUCGUUGUGAAAUCCAUCUAACCCAUCAUCAUCUCAUCAUUUCAAAGCUCCUCAUCCCGGGUGAGCUUACGGCUAGUUUUUUGUUGUUGUUGUUGUUGUUGUUGUUGUUGUUGUUGUUUUUAAAGAAAAGAUCUAUCACAUACAUAUAUGCGUGUAUGUCUCCAUAUACUUACACAUGCAUACAUGCAUAUGUGUGUGUUUAUGUAUUUAACGGUGCUAAUCAAUCUUGAGCAGGUCACGUGACUGGUCAUGCGGACUCUAAAAUCAUAUCAGAUUUUUUAAAAAAUCCUUGAUAUAUGCAGAUAUUAUACAGAUUUUCUUACCGGUGUAAUAAUGUUCUACUGAAGAAUAACCAUCCUGCAGGCUUCAAAGGACGAGGUCAGCAAUAUUUCCCACCAUGGCUUGGGGGGAAAGGAUAGUUUUGUCUCCUUUUGUAUUCAAGUUGAUGCACAGUGCAUUUUUGUGUCUAAGUAGCUGUUGACUAAAAGACUUUGUAGUGUAAAGGGUGUUAUACAAACUAUAAUGGUGUGCUUCAAACAAACCAAUGCUAGGCCCUUUCACUCUUGUUGUAUAUGACAAAGUUGUUAAAUAUGUGGUUUGAAAUAACUUUGAACAUGUGGAAAUAUGUAGCAUGUGUCUUUAACUCAGACAAAGAUUCUAAUUGCACAAGUUGUGUUCUAGCCAGUUGUGGUUUAUUUGUUCAGAAACACAAAUGUGAAUUGUACUCUUUAUCACCAGAAUAUUGUAUGAGUUCCGUGAUCUUUAAACAGCUCAGAAGUAAUACUUGAACUUCAUUUGAAUAGCACAAAGUUUACAGAGCCCCCUUUUAAAUGUUAAUUAGUUCCAGUUAAGUUUUCCUUUUUUUUUUUCUUUUUUCUUUUUUCAAAUGCAACUGGGUAUUUUCUUGGAAAACAAUGUGUAGUUUAUUUUUGGUAUGUAGCAAAAGGCUUCCAAUUCUGGAAGGUUUUAUUGUUCUUAAACAAGGUCAGCCAGGUACCAGAUUCUAAAAGAACAAUUGCCCCCCCCCUCAAGUGGCCUUCUGAUUGCACGAAUGUGCUACUACCCUCUCCAAUGUCCCCUACCCUGAGGAGGUCAGUGAUGGAGGAAGUCCAAGGCUUGCUCUCCCCUCCCCCUCCACCCCACACCUCACCUAGGAUGUCCACUCCAAUGCAAAUGGUUCCAUUGCACACACAGCACACCGGGAAGUUUGUAUACUGGCCUCUUCCUGUCUUCAAAUGUGCAAGAAUUUGAAACUGUCAUCUGGAAUGGGUUCCAUCGCUUAUGUGUGUUAGAUCAAACCAAAGAAGCCCCCAGCCAUGCCCAAAUGCUGCUCCAAAAGCCUGCCUUCCAGUCCUUACAAAAAACCUUGCAGGAUUAAAUGUGUUAACUUUUUUAUUUUUGUACAGUUUCUAAGUGAUUUUUUGCUAGUGAUGUUAAACUGAAUUAAGUUUAUUUGAGGAGUGUGAGCACCUCCUCCAUUUAAAUAAACUGGUGACUUUCCUUUUAUUUUUUACAAGUGGAAACCCAUUGUGUGCCUCUCGAUUUAAGGGUUUCUGAUUACAUUUAUUCUUAAGACCAGCAUUGAUCCUUUAUAUACAAAGAUAUGUUUUCCUUGUUUUUUAUUACUGUUUCAGAAGAAAUGAACCUUUUAUUUUGCUCCAGACCCAGUAACUGCGCUGGUACUUAGACGCACUGAGAAAAAACAAAGUAAAACAAACAAACAAAAAAUACUUUUGUAAGCACCUCUGACCGCUUUUGUAUAUCAAAGUUGAUUACUUUUGAGAUAUUUGGAUCUAGUUUCUAAGUUAUUUUAGUGUUUUAUAUGUUUCCCAAAAUUCCUUUGACUCGGUCACCAGCAUAAAGAGUUUUUGGUGAUGCAAUGGUGAGACUUGUAACAAGAAAAAAGCUACCUGGAGUAGCUCUCCCCUCCCUUCUUAGUAACCUGGUGUUUUGAUUACAGUGAGACAUCACGGAUUAUCUACAACCCCUUCGUUAUAACCAGGUCCUCCCUCCUUCCACACUGAAUUGCUUAAUAGUUUGAAGAAGUUAUUGGAAGUGGGCAUUUUAUAUGACAUGUAUGGCUUUAAAAUAUUAAAAAUGAACAGAAAAAGACAAAAAUAUGAAAUGGUUUAUGUGGGUCUGUAAGGUAUGGCUGUGGAAAGACAUUGUAGUAGUUUUGACACUAUUGUUAUUACCUUUUAAAUCAUUUACCCAAUAAAAUGUUCAAAC